ACUUUUGUUUUAAACAUGCAAGCCCAAAUGAAAGAACUGACUGUUACAGAGAGAAAGAUGUUUGUAAUGGGGAAGAUCAGUACAACAAUUAAGAGAACUGAGAAAACCCUAAAGAGGAAACGGAAACAUCAAGAAAACAGGAAGCGAUCCCGCAUCACCUAUUUGGUUGAAAGCAAACAAGUGUGUCGGCAGUCGUUUGAGUACAUGCACUGCAUAUCAAACUGUCAACUUAGUGGUAUUAUUAACCACUACAAGACGUCUGGUGUAACACCGCCCAUUAAGAAGUCUGGGGGACGACGCUUCAACAAGGCAGCCUUGUCAGAGUCAGAUGUACGACAUAUUGUUGGAUACAUCAGCAGCUACGCCGACGUGAAUGGUAUGGUAAUUCCUGGGAAAGUAAGGGGUAUUAAAUGUCAAGACCCGAGAGUGUGAUUGCUGCCUUCCUGUGAAACUAAGUCUGGAAUGUGGAGGAAAUAUGAAGCACAGCUCAAGGAGAUCAAUGCGAGACGUCGUGUUGCUGGCCACAAAGAGCUCAGAAUCGAGAAGCGGACAACCUUCAGCAAGAUAUGGAGAGUGUUUUGCCCCUACAUAAUAACAACCAGACC